AUGUUUUAUUCUCAUCAAUAUAAAGGACUUCGGUUCCCCAUUCAGUGUGUUUGGCUCAAACUGAAUGGCUCUUGGCCCUUAUGGCCAACGUCAAAAGAAAAGAGUCGAAGAAACGAAUCUGUUUUGGGCAAUUCAUAUUUUGCCACUGCCUAUAUAAUAUGGGCGUGGUACGUCAUAGCUUCUGUUGGCAUUACAAUCAGCUAUCAAACCGGUUUUCUGAUUAAAAACCUUUCGGAUAUUAUAAUCACCACUGAAAACUGUUGUUCCACCUUCAUGGGAGUCCUCAACUUUGUCCGACUUAUUCAUUUACGCCUUAAUCAACGGAAGUUUCGAGAUUUAAUCAAACAUUUUUCUUACGAAAUCUGGAUACCAGACAGUUCGGAGAACAGUGUUGCUGCCGAGUGUCGGAAGCGGAUGGUCACGUUUAGCAUCAUGACUGCUUUGCUGUCCUGCCUUAUUAUCAUGUACUGCGUAAUGCCUUUGGUUGAGCUAUUUUUUGGCCCCGAACUGGACCCUCAGGACAGGCCAUUUCCCUACAAAAUGGUGUUUCCGUACAAUGCCAACAAGAGCUGGGUCGGCUAUGUGCUCACCUACAUGUUCACAUCGUAUGCCGGAAUUUGCGUGGUGACCACGUUGUUUGCAGAGGAUUCCCUUUUCGGGUUCUUUAUAACGUACACUUGCGGCCAAUUUCAAUUGCUGCACGAACGGAUCGACAAUUUGUUUACGGAAUCCAACGAAGACGACAACCAAAUGCAGUUGAAACGGCUCAAAGGAAUCGUAGAGAAACACAACAAUAUUAUCAGAUUCGCUCAUCGCUUGGAGGACUUUUUCAAUCCAAUUCUAUUGGUCAAUCUUAUGAUUUCAUCGGUUCUUAUUUGCAUGGUUGGCUUUCAAAUUAUCACUGGUAAAAAUAUGUUCAUUGGGGAUUAUGUUAAGUUUAUAAUUUAUAUAUCCUCUGCCAUUUCGCAACUGUACGUACUCUGCGAGAAUGGAGACGCAUUAAUAAAGCAGUCCACAUUGACGGCGCAAAUUCUAUAUGGAUGCCAAUGGGAAAUGUCAGGUCAAAUUAAGCCAGGUUCCGAUAAAUCGAACAGCAAGAAUAUCCGGAAUCAUUUGUGGUUCAUGAUACUCUGCAGCCAACAGCCCGUGAGAAUAACGGCGUUCAAAUUCUCCACCUUGUCCUUGCAAAGCUUUACGGCGAUAUUAAGUACAUCGAUGAGCUAUUUCACAUUAUUGCGGUCAGUUUACUUCGACGACGAAAAAAACACAACUAAAUAAAUACGGACCAACAACACUUUAAUCAAGUAUUAAGGCAAACACUUAGUGACCAAUAAUUUUAUUUCAAAUAAAUAUUCGUCGAAUUGUUUAAUGCUGAUUUGAAAACUUUUCUCAACUUUUCAAUUAAUGUAAGUAAGUAAGUAAUGGAAAUUCUCCAAAUUAGUAGUUUUUGCAUAGCUUUUUAAACAAAAUCUGUGAC